AUGGACAACACUAAGACACUUGCCGUACCUGUGGCCCACCCCGUUGGUGAUACUGGAUCUGGGCCUAUCCAGGUCCAGAAUGCAGAUGAGCUCCGUCUGGCGCAGAUGGGCCAUAAGCAAGAGCUGAAACGUCACUUCUCAGUAUGGGGGUUGAUCGGGAUGGCCGCAAGUUGUACUGUCUCCUGGACUGCAGGACUCGGUCUCGGUCUCAUCACUUCCAUCAACGCUGGUGGACCCGGUGCGCUUAUCUACGGCUUCAUCCUCGCUUUUGUACUGCAGUGCUUCCUAGGGACAUCACUCGCCGAGUUUGUCUCCUCAUAUCCUGUUGAGGGUGGGAUGUAUCACUGGACUGCGGCCAUUGCUCCGAAACACUACAGUGCUUCGUUGAGCUUUGCAACUGGCUGGAGCGCGGUGUUUGGUUGGAUAUUCAUGACCGCCUCUACGAACCUCCUCUAUGCACAGAACUUUACAGCCCUUGUUGCGCUAUACAAAGCUAACCUCGUGGUGCAGCCCUGGAUGACCUUUGUCGCGUACCAAGGGUUCAACAUCAUAUCCUGCGGAAUCGUCAUGUUUGGCAAUAAGUGGAUGCCCGCAAUCAAUAAGUUCUCAAUGUGCUACAUUCAAGUAGCUUGGUUCACCAUCUUGACCACUGUCGCAGUGGCCGCCCCAAAGCACAACGAUGCUAAAUUCGUGUUCCAGACCUGGAUCAACAAGACCGGCUGGAAGAAUAAUGCCAUCUGUUUUAUAACAGGCCUCGUCAACCCAUUGUACUCUCUAGGUGGAUUAGAUGGAAUCACCCAUAUUACCGAGGAAAUGCCAGACCCAGGAAGAAACGCCCCUCUAGCCCUAGCAUGCACCCUCGCUAUAGCCUUCAUCACCGGUUUUUCCUUCCUCCUCAGCCUCAUGUUCUCCGUCCAAGACUACUCAACACUCGCCAACUCCCCUAGUGGGCUUCCCAUCGCCGAGCUCUUCCGCCAAGCAACCCAAAGCCGCGGCGGUGCUUUUGCCCUCGUCUUUCUUCUUUGUGUUGCAUUAGGACCAUCUGUGAUCGGCUCACAGCUGAGCACCGGACGAAUGCUCUGGGCCUUUGCCAGGGACGACGGCCUCCCAUUCUCCAAAUUGUGCUCAAAAGUAAACCCCCGCUUUGGAGCCCCAGUCAACGCCCAAGUCUGCGUAGGCAUCGUCAUUGCCGCCCUCGGCUGCAUCUACCUUGGAUCCAGCACCGCAUUUAACUCGAUGAUGAGUUCUUCCGUAACAAUCAACAACAUCGCCUACCUCGUCCCGAUCCUCACGAACGUCCUCCUCCGACGGAAAACCAUGCAUCGUGGACCCUUUUCAUUAGGAUUUGUGGCAGGAAUGACAGUGAAUAGCAUCACCGUUGCAUGGUUAAUCUUUGCGAUUGUGUUUUUCUCGUUUCCGUAUGCUGUGCCUGUUACUGCCUCCAACAUGAAUUAUACAUGUGUUUGUGUAGGUGGGUUCUUACUUCUUGAGUUAAUAUGGUGGAUUGUGGCGGGGGAGAAGUAUUCGCGGGGGAUGCAAAAGGCAAGGGAGGAGGAAAAUGCCUCGCAAGCAGUGCUGGUCAAUGACAAUGUAGGAAAUAGGUAA